CGUUUGCCGGAGGCGAACCGUGACUGUUAGUGGUGCUACUAGUACAGUCCGCAGUGCAGUGAACCUUUCCACCUGACAACGGGUCCGAGUUUACUGGAUCUCAGCAGAGGGAUCUGACUCUGACUGAGUCUGAGGCUGAUCACCGGCUGCAUCCGGACGACCUACGCCCUACAUAUUUUACUAAGUUCUAGUGUAAAUCCACAGGGACUGCGAAAACUAAGCAAGUCUGCGUGGUCCAUGAUCUGGUCUACAUCACGUUACGGACGUGCGGCUGAGUUGCAGUUUUCCUUGCCGUCUGGCCUCACCCAUCCAGCACGUGAAUUAUUUUGUUACUCGUUAGGGUCACUUCGCUGUCGAUUCAAUCGGGCAAUCCGAUCCCAGUCGAUGAAGAUGAAUCCGCGAAAACGUUCCGUAACAGCAGCAGCGCUGUGGCUGAUGGGGUUCGUCGUGUCGACGCACACGGUCGUCAGCAUUGCGACGACUUCAUCACCUCCGGAACAAAUACAUCUAGCCUACGGCGCCACCACAGCUGAAAUGGUGGUUAUGUGGUCCUCGGAGACUCGCGCAAGUGCCAGCCCGAACGCUUCGCUGAGUAGCGGCGGUGGUGUAAGAUAUGGCUUGAGCCCGCAGAAGCUCAGCCAGUCCGUCGGCGAAGUGUGGCAGUUCACGGAGGGCAACAAAGAUGGUAUCCAGUGGCUAUAUCGAGCUAGAAUGUCUAACCUCAGUCCCGGACAGUCGUACACCUAUCAAGUGUUCAAUGACUUCAACAUCUCCAGUGACGUCUUUGAAUUCACCACACCCAAGCUGUUGGCAGAGGCGUAUCCACUGCAGGUUGUGAUGUUUGGUGACAUGGGCAAGACGCAUGGAAGUCCCACUAUGCCACAUCUGAUCACGGAGGCACGCAGCGGUGAGAACGUGGCGUUGAUUCACGUCGGUGACUUUGCCUAUGACCUGCACACGGAUGGUGGUGUGAGAGGCGAUACAUUCAUGCAACGGAUCCAGGACGCAGCGGCGUAUAUUCCGUACAUGACUUGCCCAGGAAAUCAUGAAAUCCCGUACCAUUUCAGCCACUAUCGCAACCGCUUCACCAUGCCAACUGGAAAGGCUACGCCCGAUACUGACAUGCUGUGGUGGAGUAUGGAUGUUGGACCAGUACACUUUGUCAGUUAUGAUACGGAGAUUCUGUUCGUUCGCCGGGACCUCGUCCAGGCGCAGAUGGACUUUCUAACGGCAGAUCUCGAGCACGCGAAUCAGCCCGAGCAGAGAAAGAAGGUGCCGUGGAUUGUCGCGUUUGGCCACCGGCCGAUGUACUGCUCUAACCUGGACCUGGAUGACUGCACAACGCUUAAGUCAGUUGUGCGUGCAAGCCUGGAAGCUCUCUUCUACGAGAAAGGUGUUGACUUCAUUGUAGAAGGACACGAGCACUCGUACGAGCGCCUGUGGCCGGUAUUCAACGGAAGUGUGCCCCAGGAGAACUACAUCAACCCGCGCGCACCCAUACAUUUCAUAUCCGGGCAGGCUGGGUGCAAUGAAAACUUUGGUGUUUGCGUCGACUGGACGUUUGGACCGAGAGGCGCGUGGUCUGCGUUCCGUUCCUGGCUACCCGGCCUGUACGGCUACGGGAAGCUGAAGGUCAUGAACGACACACACGCCGAGUGGACGCAGAUAUUCGACGUCACAAACCGCUCCGCAGACACCGUCAUGAUCAUUCAGGAGAACCAUGGGCCGUUUAGAGGUCCUACAACCAGGCUUUAGAGUGCCAUUGCUCUGUCGAUUGUCUCCCAGCUGCUUGCCAGCAAUCUGAUAGGCAACAUAUGCACUGGAUCAUUGAUCGUGUGGACAUGCUGUGAGCUUGUAUAAUCAAUUAAUCAUCAGAUAGCAUUUCUUUCUGGCGUCGCAAUAACAAGCAGAUGAAAUACCCUCCGACUGAAACUAACGAUUUUUUAUAGAUGCAAGAAUUAUAUUCGGUAUUGAUGAUCUCUGCGAAUGGACGCAAAUUGAGUCAUUUAUUUGCUAUUUCGCUUUUAAAACAGUGUCACUGUGCAAUAUGCAUAUGUAAAGUCCUAUUUGGAAGGCAAAACCCAUCCUCCAAGUCCUAUAACCGAACUUCUUUCACACCAUUAAUUUUAGUAAUUUUCACCGUGCCGCUAGGAAGUUGAGCAUAAUCCUAUUCUAUCCGGCUUGAAAUGAAUCGAUCUUACUAGAGUACGGCAUUUCACUUCAUCACCAACUUGGCUUCAUCUUAUGUCACAGCACACCCCCCGCCCCCCCCCCCCCCCCCCCAAGCCUGUACCAAUCUACAUGUUUACUCCACUAUUUCUGUACUUCCCUUUGCAUUUCAGAACACGGACAGAUUUUUAAAUCGCCAUGCUAUGAACUAACUCACUCGCUCAUCCACAUUUUACCAAUUCAUUCACGUCCGCCUGUUAUGCAGGGAAAACAAAGGUUCAGCAAAAAUCGUG